AUGGAGGGUCUUCUUUGCUCUAACGCUGUCAUUUCGGAGGGCAUCCUGUCGUCUUUUAUGGACGCCUUACUACUUGAAACAGCCAUUGCUGCAUCCAGGGCAGUUGCUUUAUCACUUUUCAUGAUAGGUUCUUUGCCUAACGGAUCCAGUGUCUUCCCAGAAGAGUCGGGCACAAGUCGAGGGUUUCCAUUGACUGAGCUUCACGCAAAGAGGAAACCUGAUCCUGAUAAUCAAGAUGGCAGUGAUACCGAGGAUGAUGAAGAUGGUGAUGAGGAGGAUGGUCAAGAUGACCAGGAUGAUGAUGAUGAAGAAGGUGUUGAGGAAGAUGAGCCUAGCAAAGACGGCGAGGAUGGUGAGGAUCCAGAGGAUGAGCCUGAAGCCAAUGGUAAUGGUGGCAGCGAUGAUGACGAUGAGGAAGAUGAUGAUGAGGAGGAAGAUGAAGACGACGACGACGAUGACGAGGAUGAGGAAGAGGAGGAAGAGGAGGAGGAGGAGGAAGAUAUUCCCCAGCCACCAGCUAAGAAGAGGAAAUGA